GCAUUUGAAUCACAUCUAUAGUUUCUUAACACUCAUACAGUUUUACACAUUAAAGUACAAAUAAUAAAUUAUUAGAUUAGUUACUACCUACUGUCCAUAUUAUAGCUGACCACACCUAUUAGAGGAUACGUUUCGGACAUAGUGAUGCAGUCUAAUAAAAUGGGUAGUAAAAACGAAACGAAACCGGACAUACUUAGCAAGUCCAUUCCAAAUCACUAUGAGUCCGAUGGCGAGGGCGAAUCGUCACUAAAUCCUUACGCUCUGGAGUUUAUACCUUCGUAUCUGAAGUGUGGUAAGAACGAUAAUAGCAAGCGUUCGAGUGGGCAAAAAACAAAAACUGAGGCGACCUCAACCACCACGCUGGUGCAGCGUGAAGUAGUCGGCGAUGCAUCCUAUUUGCAGGCCCAGAGGCAGCUGUUCGAGCUGCUCCAUCAGAUGGGCGACAAGUUCAUGCCCCUCAAGGCGAUCAACGUGAGCCUGGCAGCCGAUGGGCAAGGUAUCAAUGUUCAGUUUAAGGCCGAUAUCUCCGGCGUCACCGGCAAGCAGAUGCUCGACGAGAAUCUCUGCCAGGAUGCGGCCCUACAUUUGGAUGUGAGCGACUCCACCCUAAUACCACGAAGACUGCCCAAUGUGUUGGCCGCCAAUUUUAUGGUGCGCAUGGGCGAUGUCCUUAACGAUAAGAUGGAAUGGAACGAAGACUCCAUGGGACCAGGCCGUCCAACAAUUGCUCUACAGCCAAUCGAUGAGAAGUACUUGGAUGUGAGGUCAUCGAUGAGUAGCAAGCAUUCGAUCGAGAGCAAAUUAUCCGUAGAGAGCAAACGCAAGUCCGGCUCCAAUGCCACUAUCAGAGACACCAGUGUUGCCCAACAGCUCGUGGGCAGUACAGCAUCCAAGGAAUCAAUGCUCAAAAACCCGAAGCAGCAGCUGCCGGAACCAGUGCCAAUCAAUGGCACACUUCCCACGUUCGAUAAACCAUCUAUCGCCAGCAAGGUGCACGUUAGUGCUCCAUCUGAAAACUGGAAAAACAUUAAGAUGUCCAGUUCGAAGGCUGAGACACGUGCAAAGACCAUGCAUGCUAAGCAGGAGCCCAUGUUUGAAAAAAAAUCGAAUAAAGGUAUACAUACACCUCGACAAAGUUUAGGGCAAAUCAUCAAAAAAGGUUUGACUAGUGGCCAGAAGUUCGUGCCGCGAAGCACGCAUACAUCCCUAAUGCGCCAAACACAGGUGCAAAAGCGCUUGAGUCUCAUGAAACCGACCGAUAAUUAGAAUCUGAUUAAAAUUAACUAUAUUGAUGCAAUAUAUGUAUAUAUAUGCAGAUAAUUAAGGGAGACAUAUGGAACUAAGGGACCAGUAAAUGAAUUCUUUUAAUUUUACAGAACAGUCCGACGUCAGAUCAGGACUUAUAGUUCGUAAGCUAAUGAUUUGUCGUAUGUAAAAGAAACAUUAUUUAAUUACCCAACACUGGUUAAAACCAAGCAAGUAAAAAAAUAAAA